GUGAAAGUAGAGCUAAACACACAUGGUCUUGACAUAGGAGAUAAAUGUGACAAUAUAAGGUGGAAGAACACUAAAUAUAUCCUAAAAUUAAGGAGCAAUGAUUAUUCUUAUGUAUUUAUUAGCAUUGGUUGCUUUUGCUAUUUCUGUAUUAUAGAUUUUCUACAUAUUAUCCUAGAUUACAAAAACAAACUGAAAAAAAAAACCUUGAUACUCAUAAAACCUAUCUUUUUCAUUUAAAAAAUAAUGAGUCUGAACAAAUUUCUUAAAAAUCACACAAUAUGUUAGGGAUAAAGCUGAGUUGAGAACGCAGAAUCGGUUAGCUCUUUCUGCUUAACAAUCUACCCCAAAAUAUAGUAGCUUAAAAAUAUCAUUUAUUUAGCUCACAAUUCUAUGGGUCAGGAGUUUGGGUUGGGAUCAGCUUAAUAGAUUUUCUGCUGGUCUUCCCUCAUGGGUCACAGUAAGUUGUUAGUUUAACUAACAUCUGAAUUAUCUAGGAUGACCCCAUUCAUGUGUUUGGAGAUAGCAGGCUCUUGGCCUGGGCAACAGUGGUAAGUGGUCCAAUGUGUCUCUCAUCACCAGUAGGCUGGGCUUGUAGAUGCUGGCAGUUAGAGGGCUUCCAAGAGCAACAGGGGUAGAAGCUGAGAGACCUCUUGAAGCUUAGGCUUCAUUUUGCACAGCCUCAUUUCCAUCCCAUCUUAUUGGCCAAAGCAAGGUGUGAAGCCAGCCCAGCUUCCGAGGGGUGGGAAAGAGACUCUACCUCGCGAAGGGAGGAACUUCAAGAGGAUGUCAUAAUGUCCUUCACAGUGUCCAUUGCAAUUGUACUCGUAAUUGCUGGAUUUAUUUGGGCUCUGUUUGUUUGUUUGUCUCGAAGAAGAGCCAGCGCCCCCAUCUCACAAUGGAGUUCGAACCGGCGAUCAAGGUCUUCUUAUAACCAUGGCCUCAACAGAACUGGAUUUUACCGCCACAGUGGCUGUGAACGGCGAAGCAACCUCAGCCUGGCCAGUCUCACCUUCCAGCGACAAGCUUCCCUGGAACAAGCAAAUUCUUUUCCAAGAAAAUCAAGCUUCAGAGCUUCCACUUUCCAUCCCUUUCUGCAAAGCCCCCCACUUCCGGUGGAAACUGACAGUCAGCUGGUGACUCUGCCCACUUCCAGUAGGGUUCCCGCCAUCAGCACUUCGCACAGUCUGGGCCGUCCUGACUUCCACUGGUCCAGUCACAGCCUUCGAGUGGGCUUUUCCACACCACCUCCACCUGCCUAUGAGUCCAUUAUAAAGGCAUUCCCAGAUUCCUGAGGAGGGUGCUUUUGUUUUUAGUUUGUUUCUUCCUUUACUUGUCUUUUACUGACACAAAAUUACAAAUAGGCUAAACGGAAUUUUGAGGUCCUGGGCCAAACAGCCAAUGAGUUUCCAAGCUGAAUUAUGCUCAGUCAGUUGGACAUUAUAAUGUAAAACAUAUUUUCUUUGAAUACAUGCUUUCCUUCCUUGUGACUCACAAAAUAGUAAUAUUUCCCAAAUAGUUAUCUAUUUAUGUAUUUUGUACUCAACGUGAAGGCUGUUAAAGAUGGUGAUUCUUAUCUAAGAUUCAGCUGUGAUACAGCACAUACAUGUAUUUUAGACUAAAAUUAAAACUUUAGAUAUUUGUGGUUUACAAUCCUCAUUCACUGUCCGAUGUGACUAUAAAGGGGAAAAAAUCACUAUGUCACUUUUUAAAAAUAAACCUGUCCUAAGGAAUUUUAAUUUUACUUUCUUCAGAAUGACGUGAAUCAACUUAACAAACCUGGAUUUUUAAUGGAUUAUAUGAGCACAAAAAUGACAGACCAGAGAUUUCUUAAAGUUCCUUGAUGGCACUCAAGAGGUGUGGGAACCAGGCAAAGAAAGGGAAUCUCUGUGGGUAUUAUAGAACACUUCAAUUUUGACACUUAUUUUUGUGCCUUUCCCAAGAAUAGUUAUCUACAUCACUGAGGCAAAAUCCAUGGGUUUACUGAGAUGAUUUAACUUUUCUUCACUGUUGCCGUUAUGUUGUUAGAAAAACAACAGCAAAUCCAAUUCAUUGACCUAAAGACAAACGUUAACACUGAGCUUACAUUUUUCCUAAGGGAUAAAUUGUAUUUCUUAGAUCUAAAUCUAGCAAUUGGGAAAGCACUUUAUCUAGAGACUUUCUGUUGGAACUUCCAGACAAACAAAUAAGGGUCAGUACUGUCAUGAAAUACAUGUUAUAACCAUGAAGAAUUCUCCUUCUUCGAUUGACUCAUCAGGCAUCAUCCCUUGUGUGCUUUCUUACGAAUUUCAGCCUCAGAUUCUAUGGAGAGUCUUUGUACAAUGAUUAAACCAUGCCAUAUGGUCCUUGGUGCAGUUACGUAAGGAGUCUGCUUCCACAGAGCGCCACCCUCAUAAAGAAAGGUACAUUCCCAAAUAUGGGUACCAGAGGGCUUCAGUGGCCAAAUGCCUGUGACUGCCCCUUUUCAUUUAAGGACACGCAUUCACUGGAGUAUUAUUCAAAAGACCUGUGGUUCAUAUCUGAUAUAGUGACUAUUUAGCUUAUGUUGCUGUUCAUUUGUUUCUCUGAACAUUGGGAUUUCUAGUGAAGAAAAAAAAUGUACUCUCAUUUUAGUUUUUGCAAUUCAGUGCUCACAGGUAAUAGCAUCCGAAUAUGGUUCAAGAAUGUAAUAAUUUCUACAUAGUAAGAGAUUGUGUAUAGCAUUUUCUUUAAUAUUUUUAUUUAGCAUAUAUUUUCCAUUGUUCCUCAAGGACAAUUUUUCUUAAUGAUGUCUACAGACUGAUGCUCUCUAAUGUAAUAUACCAGAAAGAAAGAAAGAAAGAAAGAAAGAAAGAAAGAAAGAAAGAAAGAAAGAAAGAAAGAAAGAAAGAAAGAAGAGGAAGGAAGGGAGGAAGAAGGGAAAAGAGGAGGAAGAAAGAAAGAAAGAAAAAAAAAGCUCACAAGAUCACCAAUUUGUUGUAAGUUGGUCUUUAACAAAUUUAGCAAUUGUUAUAUAGCCACGUAAGAUUUCAGGAGGGCAUUAACUUAGUAACAAGGCUAUCUUUUUGCUUGUAUGUCAUCCUUAAUAUUUAAUAUGAUAAGUAAGCAAAGUGUAUGGUUUUUAUCUAGAAUUUAUACUGGGAAUAAAAAUUGCUUUAUAUCUCUCAAAUUAAGAAAAAGGGAGCAAAAAUCUUCUGGUGAAUUUAAUAAUCUGGCAGAAUUGUGGCCACCCCUCUCCCCAAGUUACAAAACAAUCAAACUGAAUAUCUUAUAAAUAUUGUGCAACGUAUGAAAUGUGAAAUUAAGAUAAAAACUAGGAACUUUUAAAGUUCUGUCUGAUUCGAAAUGUUUAGUUGAUUAUGAAAUAAAAUUAAAUUGAUGUCAA